UCUCGGGUCAGGUCAUGGGCCGGUCUGUGUAGCUGGCGGGUACCCGAAAAAACCCGUUAAAGCUUUUUUUUUUUUUUUUUUAAUCUGGAAUCUACCAUAGUGGUUGGGAUUUAUUGGCUUUCACUAUUCCCCUUGUGUUGCAGCCAUUUACUCUCUCUCUUCUCCUCCCUCUCUCUCCCCUCUCUCUUCUCCCCUUUUCUCUGGUUUUCUUCUGCCAAAAUUGUUAGUCAGGUUAGUUGUUUUUGAUGAUUUUGUGAUUUUUAGGGCUUAGUUUUAUAUAAAUAAGUUGUUUGUAGAUAAUUGUUUCUAGCUAAUUUACUCAAUUUUGUAUUUUGGUGGAUUGUGUAAAACUGUAAAUACAUUUAUGUUGAAGGUGAAUGCGAAUUCUUAUUGUUUUUAGCCGAAUGUGGUUGCAUUGGACUUUGUCGCCGAGUUCAGGUUUUUUUGUUUCAAUUGAGUGAAAUUUUCUGCUGCUAUAAUAAGUUGUAUUGUGGAUAUGUGUAUAAAAAUGUUGUUUUUGCACAUAUUUGAGGACUAUUAACUAUAAUAUUCUGUUCCUCUCUCUCUCGUAUUUUCUGCCUCCUCCUCUUCCUCCUCAAUUUCUUCCUCACUUUCUUCCUCUCUUCAUCUCCAUUAUUGUUGAAUCAAGAAAUUCCAUUAACAUAGUUACUCUAAGGUAUAUUCUAGGUGGAUAUGACUUUUUAAUGUAUAUGCACGAAUGUCAAUGCAUGUUAUUUAUGAAAUUGUCAUUUGAUAUACGAGUACAAGAAUUAAGAAUUUGUUUAUCAAGGUUAAAAAAUUGUAUUUCCUCCCAUAUGGUCGCUUUAUUCGUAUUUAUUUCCUUUUUCUUAUAUUUGGUAGACACUAAAUGAGCGAUUUCCACAAAUGUUAUAUCAUAAAAAAAAAAUAGUUUUAAAAUCAACGUGCAAGGAAUUACUUAUAGGCUUAGAGCAUUUAUGGUAAUCGCUCCACACAGUUAAUAAAAAUAAUUAAAAAUAAAAAAAAAUAGUUUGGUUUUGCCGUAGGUGAAAUGAGUGUAGUAUAUAGUAUGUACGGGGUAGAACCUAACAACUGAAAAAGUCAGUGGCCUUGUUAAUCGCCCUGUAUCACACUACUGACUUACAAAUUUUAUAGAAACGAAAAACUCUUAUUUUUAACGCUUUGUGGGAGUCUCUGAAUGCUCAACCCAAGAGGAAGCUAAUUCGGUCUAAGUGUGUGAGUGAAAGAAUGAGAAUGGAGAUGAAGGGGAUAUACAGAGUUAUAAAAUUCAUAUGUUCCAUUGAAUUUAUGAGAAUGAGUUUGCUGUGGCCUCUUUAUCUUGUAUUCUCUCACUUGCGCCUCUUCCGUGGGCGUCACUACUCCACCACUUUCCCAAGACAACUUGUUUUUGACAGACCCGUCUGCAUUGUCACCGGUGCUACAUCAGGCCUUGGAGCUGCUGCCACCAAAGCUCUAUCGAAACAAGGCUUUUUUGUUAUCUUGGUUGGAAGAUCAGGUCAUCUCUUGUCAAAGACUAUGGCUGAGAUCCGUAAACAGAAUGAAGAUGCUCAGCUUGAAGCGUUUGAGGUCGACUUGUCAUCCUUUUCAUCCAUUAUGAAGCUAAAGAACUCCUUGACGCAGUGGCUGUUGGAUAUGAAUCUGCAUCCUUCAAUCCAAUUGUUGAUAAACAAUGCUGGGAUAUUAGCAACAUCAUACAGACCCACUGAUGAUGGUUUGGAUGAGAUGAUGAUGACAAACUACUUAGGGGCGUUCUGUCUCACGAAAGUUUUACUACCGUUACUCAUGAACAGUCCUGUUCCAUCACGUAUAGUCAGUGUAUCAUCUUUUACGCAUCGAACGGUGAAUGAUGUGCAAGUUGAUGAGGAGCUUGUUUAUGGCAAAUCCUUUUCAAAUUUCAAGCAAUAUCCAUUUGCUCAGAUAUAUGGGUGCUCCAAAUUGUGUAUACUGCUUUUCUCAUAUGAGCUUCAUCGACAAUUUUCCAAGGACAAAGAUUCUCAACUAUCUAUCAAUGUUGCAGAUCCUGGAGCAGUGAGAACCAACAUCAUGCGGGAAAUACCACAAUGUCUUUCUCAAUUAGCAUUUGCAGUCCUAAGAUUUCUGGGAAUAUUGCACUUUCCAGAGAAAGGGAUCAGCUCAAUUCUUGAUGCAGCCCUUGCUCCACCUGAAACUUCUGGAAUGUAUUUCUUUGGUGGCAAAGGCAGGACAAUCAAUUCCUCCCCCUUGUCCUACAACAAAAUGCUUGCAAAGAGAUUAUGGGGAACGUCAUGUGAUAUUUUUCAAGAGCUGAAGCGUAUUCAUGAGAAAUCCUCGAUAUCUGUUUGUGACUAGGCGAUAAUUUAAGACAAGAUUUCCUUUGACUUGAAAAUUUUCAGCAGAAUUGAGUGAAUGGACUUGUAUAAUCAUAAUCUGAUAAUCUACAUGUUUUAUACGAUGUAUUUGAAGAACUCUUGUAUUGAGAAGUUCUUACUCAACCACCACAACAGUCAUAGGUUUGGACCAGAGCGCACUUUGUAACAAAUUUGUUAUAGUUGUCUUGAUGUUUUGUGUGAUAGGGUUAGCUUUUCCCUUGGUUCUCUCUAUGUAGUACGAGUAAUAGUUUUUAGCUUGUUGAGGACUAAAUGAUUAGUCUGUUAAUUUUAUGAGAUUUUUUUUA